AUGCUUAUUCCAGCGGUACGAGAAGACCGCAUGAGAGGUGGCAGGAACAAAUUUGGUUCUUAUUACAAAAGGGACCGAGCUCAACGGAUGCAACGUAUAGCCCUACGUAGCAAUGCCAACCAAACCUUCUUCACGCAGCAUGUUGCCGAUCAUCACGUAUCCAGCAGCACGCCUGAUCAGACGACGCAUAUUCAGUAUUUUGAGAAUCAUAGCAACCAAAAGUUUAAAACCGAAUACGAUGCAUUACUUCAGUCACCUACACUGUCAAGUAGUACACAGUCGUCAAGUAUAUUUCCCCUAAUUUUUGCUUACUCGCAACUGUUUGAUCAAAAAUCUUUUAACACUUUGUUUACUACUGAUAUUCAUAUUGUCGAUAAAGCUUGGAUAGAAAAAUAUUUUCCGUUUGCAGAUUUUGUUAUGCAGCGGCCAACGACAUAUUUUCCAAACUGUGACAAUUUAGCUGCAUUACUCGGCUCUUCAAUUGACGAUCCGUUGAUGAGAAGUUCAUCGUUUCCAAUAUAUUCGUGUGUAAAGCCAGAACCGUUCGAAGGUUACGGCGAAGCAAAUUUUGCUCCCCAGCCUCCACUGCCCGACUACGCAACAUUUUGUCCAACAUCGUCUUACACAACCAUGUCUGCUAUGGCACCUAUAUCAGCCACAAGUUCAGGUUCAAAUCGGUCGUCACCUUUGCUUCCAAUAUGUCCGGUUCCAACGGAAAAGACCGUCGACAAUGUCUUUUAUGCACCAAAACAAACGGAAAUGCUAACAAGUUGUCGAGCCAGUUUACAGGACCCAAAUUUGCUUAGCCACCUUGUUCACAGUAAAAGCAAUAAAACAUGCGAUGUAUUCCAGUUCUGUAAAUCUGUCAUAGAGGAUAAUCUUAAUCAAUUAGUUAACUGGGCCAAAAAUGCUCCAUAUUUCGAUAAGUUCCACGUCGACGAUCAAAUUGCAAUGCUUCAUACAUCAUGGGCUCCGAUUCAUUUACUUGAUUUUAUGUACCAUAUUUUGCACAGUCACCUUCCACCCACUAUUCAAUUUGCUAAUUCUACAUUGCCGACGUCAACAGUUGCUUUAAUGGGGUUCCACGACUUAACACCAAAGUUUAAUGAACUCUACACUGCACUUCAAGGGAUGCACUUCGAUCAGUGUGAUUACGCAGCCUUUAAAGUCCUUUGCUUAUAUGAAGAUUUCGGUUUGUGUUUUCUCCAAGUUUUCCAAAGUCGCCCUAAUUAUGUUACAUAG